UAUUGGAUAAUUUGUGAGCAGGUGAGUAUGGCAUAUGUUUUGGAGUUGAUCAAGAAAUAUAUUUUGGUGUUGAGGUCUGAUCCAUGUGUAUGGAAGGAAAGAUACUUAACUAGUAUGAAACAGUCUAAUGAUUGUUUGCAAGAUAUUGACACAAUAUCAAACAUGGAAGGUAUUGGUGGAGAUGUUUGGAGAGGAUGUCAAGCCUAUAUUGUAGCAUUGAAGGUUUUGUUGAAAAAAGAAGACAUAUUAAACAAAAACCAAUGUACAAUUUUAUGCAAGAGGAUUGAACAUGUUAUGAAGGUGUAUGACUACUUGAUGAGUUAUAGCAAUGAUGGAUUAAAAUAUGGGGAUUUAUUGAGGGAGUUGAUGAUUACAUUGGAUAAAGCUUAUGUAUUGGUGAAGAAUUGUGGGAAAAAGAAAUGGUGCAAAGCAGCAGUGAUUCAAUUGAAGAACAAAGAGACUUUUAGAGAACUACUUUUGGACUUGAAGUGUUGUUAUAAAGUAGCAACUCAUGUCCUUUUGAAGGACUUUGGUAAAAUGUUUGAAGAGAAGGUUUUUGAUACUAUUCAUGUUGCAACCUAUGAUGAAGUAGAAGGUGAUGAAAGGUGUUUGUAUGAAAGAUUGAUUCUUUUAAAUGAAGAAGGAAAUUUUGAAAAUUGUGGAUUGGCAAAGCAUCUAUUAUUAAGGGUGAGAAACUUGCAUUGCAUAGAAGGUGGAGAAUUGGAUGAUUUGAAAUUAUCAUUAAAUAUGGAAACUGUUGAUUUUAUAAAACCUAUAGGUGAAGGAUCUUAUGGAAAAGUGUAUAAAUCAAAGUGGUAUGGUCUUUUGUGUGCAACCAAAAAGAUGAACAAUGUGUAUGUGAAUUCUUUUGUAAAAGAAGCAAACAUCCUAGCUAAUCUAAGCCAUCCCAACUUGAUAUCAUAUUAUUUUGCAAUGAAAAGUAUUACAAAUGAAUAUAAUGGAUGUUCCUCAUUUGAAAUGAAGAAUGAUCAUGUCUAUUUGGGGAUGGAAUUGAUGCAAACAAGUCUAACGCAUAUGUUGGAAACAAAUGGAGGGACAUCUGACAUAUUUUUAAUUGAUAUCAUGUAUCAAAUUGCGAGAGGGAUGUCUUACUUACAUGACAUGCACAUUGCACAUCGUGAUUUGAAGCCUGACUACAUUUUGGUUAAUGUUGUGGAGAAGAAAGUGAUGAACAAGAUUGUUCGAUAUGCUAUUGUAAAAGUGAUUGAUUUUGGAAUAUCUAAGAUUGAAGUUGGUAGCAAUCCAGAAGCAAUAGAGAAUAAUUAUAUUUAUGGUAGUACUUCCUACAUAGCUCCAGAGGUAUUGAAGAAAAAAUAUGAAACGAUGACAAUGUGCCCUUUUGAUGCUGAUGUGUUUUCAUUUGCAAUGGUAUGUUGUAAGAUUCUUUCCAAAAGAGAUCCAUUUGAUGAUUGUAAGAGAACAGAGAUAUUAGAAAGAAUAGAAAGAGGUGAAAGACCGGAAUUACCUCCAAAUUGCAAUGAAUUGACGGAGCUUAUCAAAGAGUGUUAGAACUUAAAUCCAUUGCAUCGACCAAAGUUUGCAAACAUUUGUGAAAGACUUUUAAUGUUGAAGAAAAAGAUUAUGAGUGGA